AUGGUUGGCUCUACUGGUUCAACAAAGGUGGAUGCAGUCGUCCAACAGGUCGCUGCUAACACCCCAGAGAAGCUCAGUGGUUUCGCACUUUACUCCAGAUUUGCUUUGGCAGGAGCUGUCUGCUGUUCAGUCACCCACGGUGGUCUUACUCCCGUCGAUGUCGUCAAGACCAGAAUCCAACUCGACCCCGUCACAUACAACAGAGGAUUGAUCGGAGGUUUCAGACAAGUUAUUGCAAAGGAGGGAGCAUCUGCUCUUUUGACCGGUGCUGGACCAACCUUCGCUGGUUACUUCCUUCAAGGCGCAUUCAAAUUUGGAGGUUAUGAACUCUUCAAGCAACAAGCCAUUAACAUGAUCGGUUAUGAAAAUGCCGUCAACAACAAGACCGCUGUCUACUUGGCUUCUUCCGCUACCGCCGAAUUCUUCGCUGAUAUCGCUCUUUGCCCUCUUGAGGCUACCCGUAUUCGUUUGGUCUCUGACCCAACAUAUGCCAAUGGUCUCGUUGGUGGCUUCUCCAAGAUGUUGAAGAACGAGGGUGUUGGUGCUCUCUAUGCUGGUUUCGGACCAAUCUUGUUCAAGCAAGUUCCAUAUACCAUGGCCAAGUUCGUCGUUUUCGAAAAGGUCGUUGAGGCUAUCUACGCCAAGGUCGACAAAUCCAAGACCUCCGACGGAAUGCAAACCACCAUUAACUUGGGAUCCGGUCUUAUUGCUGGAAUGGCUGCCGCCAUUGUCUCACAACCAGCUGAUACCAUGUUGUCAAAGAUUAACAAGACCAAGGGUCUUCCAGGAGAGGGAACCACUUCCCGAUUGAUCAAGAUCGGUAAAGAGUUGGGUUUCAGAGGUUCAUACACUGGUAUUGGUGCUCGUCUUGCUAUGGUCGGUGCUAUUACUGCUGGUCAAUUCGCUAUCUACGGUGAUAUCAAGAAGGCUCUCGGUGCCACUGGUGGUGUUGAUUUGGCUGUUAAAUAA